AUGGCAGCGUCUAUCUACAUGGUGCUCGGGAGGUUGAUCAGACUUCUAGACGCACACGAGUACGCAAUUGUGCGGACAACCUGGCUGACCAAGAUAUUUGUUGUGGGGGACGUGUUGAGUUUCAUGACGCAGAGCGCUGGUGGAGGAUUGAUGGCCCAAGCCAAGACGCCGGAUGCCAUGAAGCAAGCUGAAGGGAUUGUGCUCGGUGGCCUUGCGAUUCAGAUUGUGUUCUUCGGCAUGUUCAUCGUCACGACGAUCAUAUUCCACAGACGAAUUUUGAAGCGUCCAACCGAGAGAAGCCUCAGGGUGGAAGGGCCGUGGCGGCAGCUGAUUCUAGCGCUGUACAUCAGCUCGGUCUUGAUCAUGGUCAGGUCAAUUUUCAGGAUGAUUGAGUUCGGGGCGGGAAAACAAAGCAUCCUGAUGCAAAAGGAAGUUUUCUUGUUGGCCCUGGAUGGAGUGCUGAUGUUCUUGGUCGGAGUGGUAUUUCUGUGGAAGUUUCCGGGGGAUGUUUUGGUGGGGUAUAAGGAGGUGUGGCAGACGACAGAUGAAGAGACGCUGGGGAGUCGCGGAGAGGGGAUUCCCAUGGUGGCUGGAGGUAAAACCGCAUAUCAAGGGGUACGGAGCGGAGAACACGGGAGGUACUCCACCUCAGUCCGGUAA